AAAUAUCAUCUUUUUGAACUUGUUUGCUUCAUACUUUCAUGGCUUUGUCAAUGUUGUCCUUUAUGUAUUACUGCCAGAUUUUGCUAUUGUUCCUGCUAAUUCACCCGCUUGAGGCGGUUCCAAGUAUCAUUCCGCUAAAUGGCACUUGCUCAGAAAGAUGUGGCGCCCUUUCUGUCAAGUUUCCUUUUGGUUCUAGUUAUGGCUGUGGACAUCCGGCCUUUGCUAGAUACAUCAAAUGCAGCGAUGGGGUGCUCCAGUUCUCCUCUGGCACCGGGAUUUACACAAUAUCGUCAAUUGACUAUUCGAGUGGUGUUAUGGUGGUCACAGACCCCUUCAUGUCAACUUGUUCCUCAAUGCAGAAUUCCGGGAGCUUUACACUCGAUCGUGGAAGUCCUUUCAGCAUAAUGCCAGAGAACAUUUUCGCUUUGCUUGGAUGCUCUACUACAUCUGCAGUGUUUGAUCCAAAGCAGGAUUUAUGCGAUUCGGGCUCAGGUUUGAAUGUGUGCAGAGGCCUGUAUUCUUGCAAAGGGGUGACAGGGAUUGGUUUGGAACCAAACGCGCCAAUAUCUACUUGUUGUGUGUAUAAUCCUCCGGUUCCAUUAGGCUCGGGCAAUGGUUUGGAUCUCCCUAAGCUCCAAUGCUCAUCUUAUUCAACAAUAUAUGGAUUCGGGGGAGAUGAAGGCGAUCCGAUGAAAUGGCAGUAUGGGAUUUCUUUGCAGUUCAACAACUCGUAUUCUUCUGAUGCAUGCAAGAACUGUGAAGAUAGUGGUGGCUUCUGCGGGUUUUCUGGUUCUGAUGAGUCCUUCUCUUGCACUUGCCGGAAUGGAGUUAACACCACAGUCAAUUGUUUUGGCAGAGGAUAUGCUUGGAGUGGGACAUGGAGACACAAAAUUCAAACAAAAGUGUACAUUGGAGGGUUCUUGUUCUUAUGGAUGAUGUUUUUCAUUUAAAAGCUGCAGAGCUUGUGUCAGUGGAGGAUGCUGCAAAUGGUUGCAGUACAUUAUCUACUCUUUGUUGAAACUAUUGAUGUUAUAUGGUCCUGUUUCAAGAAAUUAGCUUCAGAUUUCUUGAUUUUGAAGUGGGUAUUUAAGUAGGCUUUAGUGUUCCACCACUUAAAUUGUGCAUGUUUUUCAAGAGGCAAUGGAAGUACUAUAAUUUUAGUA